GCGCCAGCCGUAUCGCAUUUCAGUCUACGUUGGACUUUGGCGCGCGUCGUACACGCAGCGCAUACGUAACGCAUUUACAUUCAAGGGUUAAACAGUCGGCACCGCCACCACCACUUGGCAAUGCCCAUGUGAAUUCGAGUGUGUGUGUGUGUGUUUGUACAUGUGUACAUGUGAAGCUGAAUACGAACGCGAAUUUGUCUACGAGUGUUUACCGUUUGAUCGUUUGCCUCUCUUCGAUUUUUGUGCUGCGAGAGUGCGAAGAGUGCCAAUGCAUGAGAGAGCUCUUGAGUAUUCACAAUAUAUAAGUAUUUUGAAUUCGUAUGCAACACUCUAAAUAUAACGGUAUUUUGAAUUGAAUAGAUAAAAACUGGCAUUUCAUAUUUAAAAACAAAAAGUGAAAUCAUUUACUAAAAAAUAAAUAAACUUUUUGUGAAUCAUUUAGUUUCAAGUGAAUUUUUCGGCGCCUUUAAGGACUGAACAGCAAGGCAGACAGCAAAAGGACAGGGCACACGUCAGUCGAGUAUAAAAUCAAUAAGAGACACAUGUAAUUGGAUAGCCCCGGCAUUGGCAAUAUGGCCGGCCCAGCAACUGCUAAGGGAACGGGGCAGUCAACUUUGCCGUUGUUAGUGUUAGUGUGGCUGUUGCACGAGCGGCGCCACUAAGCUGCAAGGACACACACAGCUGGCUAACAUGUCGGACAGAUACGCCGCCGGCUACUACGAGCAACUGCACCCGGCUCAGGCUCAGACCCAGGCCCAAGCUCAGGCCAUGUCUCACUAUGCAGCACCUGGUUAUCGCGGCGGCUAUGGCGGCGCCUACAAUCCCUAUGGCUAUGGCUAUGGCAGCUCCAGUCCGGGCCCCGCUCCUGGCUCCGCCUCUUAUAUGUCCAGCUACUAUCGCUAUGCGCCCUACGCUUCGCCCCACUACAGUCAGCCGUCGCCGCAUCAGCAUCAUCAUGCGAGCAUGUUCACGCCCGCUGGCCAGCAGCUGAUCCCCUCCAGUGUGCUACACUAUCCACCUCGCCCACAUGCGCAACAUGCCUAUCAGCAGCAGCAGCUCCACCAGCAGCAGCAACACCAGCACCAACAUCAGCUUCAGCAGCACCAGCAACACCUGAGCAGCAGCAGCAGCUAUGAGCAGCCAACGCCUGCGCCUUACAGUGCUUCCGCCUUUGGUCAGGCACGCGGCUUUGCCGCCUAUCAGCCAGCCACGCCCACGCACUAUGCAACGCCCGGACGUUCAACGACGCCGGCACCGAAUCGCACAGUGUUGCCGCCCAACUAUUUGGAGCCAUUACGCAACUACACAGAGCAGCAUCAGCAACAGCAACAGAUGCAACUACAACAGCAGCAACUGCAGCAACAGCAACAACCCAAGCUCGAGGAGCUGCAACCAGAGCAAAUCAAGCUGGAGCAUGAAGCGGAGGCAGCUUCACCCAGCCAAAGGUUAACCACAUCGCCUCCACUGAUCAGUGCCACCGGCACCGAUAGCGGCAUCAGCAAUUGCAGCACACGAGCACGUAGCGACAGCAGCCAGAGCACGCCCGUCUACAGCGGCGAUUAUCCAGUGAAUAUGUCCGUGGAGUCCGCAUCCUGUGUGUCCUAUCAUUGUCCAGCUGAUGGGAGAGACUACGAAGAAGAACAACAGCAGCAGCAGCAGCAACAGCAGCAGCAACAACAGCAGCAGCAACAACAACAUCAGCAGCAGCAUUUGGAGGCAGCAGCUGUUGUCGAUAUGCCCGAUGACAUAAGCACGACGGCAGCGACGUCCACUCCCACGUCGACAUCGACGUCAGCGUCAGCGUCGCCGCCUAUUGUGAAUGAUACUGAUAAGGCGGGCCUUGCGGAGCAGCCGGAUGUUGUGAACCGUGCGGAAAUCAAUUUGGCGAAGCCCAACAAGCAGACACCAACAACACCAACAGCAGCAACAACAGCGCCACAGGAUAUUGGGGAGCAGCAGUCAGCAGCUAAUCAAAUCAACGAUGAUGCAGUCGGGCAGCUGCUACCAACAGCAGCCACAACAGCAACGGGAGCUACGCACAACUGGAGUCCGGCAUCGAGACGGUCACGCACGCCGCCCGCGCCGCAGAACUCACCCGUCGGCUAUGGGCUCUCAGCAGCUGUUGCUACAAACGCUGUGCCACCUGCGCUGGCGCCCCUGCUGCAGCAGCAGCAGCAGCAGCAUCAGCCAUCGCUGAGCAGCAAGCGCAAUGCCAAAAAUCGCAACAACAACAAUAACAGCAACACAAACAUCAACAACAACAACCGCAUAAUCGAAUGCGAUCUCAUACCGAGCAAGAAAUCAAAACGCAAGGCGAGCAAACGGGAAACGGAAACGGAAAUGGAGCAUGUAGAAGCCAUGGAGUCCACAGUGCGCGAACAAAUAAGGGAUAUCAAGCCUUUGCCUGGCUUUCAGCAGGCGUUCGGCUCCACCGAAAUCGGGCGCUUCUCGGAGCGUUUUCUGCAAACGCCCGAGAGUCUAGUCGAGCGACUGGCCGAGGAAUACGCAGCAAGUUACAGCAGCAACAUCAGCAGCAGCAGCAGCAGCAGCAGCAACAACAGCAGUUGCAACAACAACACCAACAACAACAGCAACUAUGGCAGCAACAUGGGCAACAGCUACUACGAUGCCCCAAUUGGUGGCAACAUGCACGGCUAUUGGCCAUACGAGGAGCAGCAUGGCUAUGGCUAUCCGAGUCCCGGUCACCACGGUCACAGUCAAAUGUCGCGCAGUCGUAUGCGUGGCCAGCUGUAUCCCUACUAUGCGGCGGACUAUGCGGCGUAUGAGCGAUACGGCUAUGCGGCCUACAGUGCGGCGAGCAGAGCGCGCUACAACGAGAUACGCUGCAAUGGCUACUGAAAGAGCUCACAAAAGAAAAAAAGAAAAACAAAUAAUAUAUAUAUAUAUAGAGUAUAUAUAUAUACAUAUAUGGAUAACCUUGUCGUUUUGUCAUUUAAAGAAAAGAAAUUCUCUCUGUGUGUGCCUUUUUCGGUCAAAAUACGGCAAUGCCCCGCCCCGGAACAGAUUGUAGAGUAUUUUAUUGUCGGGCAUUGCUGGCGUUGAUUGCGUGCAAAAUUCGUAUAACAAAACAAAAAAAAAAAAUAAAGUAAAAAAACGAAAAACAGUAAAAAAAAAAAAUAAACAAACAAGGCCAAAAUGUAAAUUGAUAAGUAAGCGUUAAGUAGUUGAAUGUUGAAUGAACACACAAAAUGUUUGCCAUUGGAGCAACCGAAUUGUCCCACUGUACAUACUCGUAGAGCAAUGCAUUUCGUUCUCUCGUUUUCGUUUCUAAGCAAUUUCUCUGCGUAAUUAAUUAUAAUUAGUGAAAGAUGUGCCAUUGAAAAGAACUUUGAUGCGACAAAAAUGAAACGACUUUUACGUUUUGUUAGUUAUAUAAUAUAUAUAUAUAUAUAUAUAUAUAUAUAUAUAUGGUAUAUAUACAACAAUACAUAUUACAACGGUACUUAAUUCAAGUUUUUAAUUUUAAUUUGUAAUUAGUUAAAGCAAAGCA